CUUAAUUCUCUCCCCUCGAUCCUGUGCGCCAUUUUCUCCAAAGCUGCCGUCGGAGCACCUAAAUCCGGUGAUCGCCGAAGCUGGUGGCAGUUUUCCGGCUAAACCCGGCGGUUUUAGUGAGACAGCAGGUGUUUUUUUGUCAGGAAUACGUUGGGGAAGUGCUAGGGAGUAGUUAUCGUUGGAGCUUGAGUUCCUCUGCACGAGUUUUUUUUUUUCUUGAUCUUGUUUAGGCCUCUCCAAUGGCAAAAGCUAGUGGAAGCCCUAUGGCUGUGAAUCGAACGGCAGAGUUGUCUUUAUUCCAUUGUUGAAAGGGCGAUCCAUUGUCCAGGAUCGUUUUGGGAGGAGAAGGUGGCGGCGGAAGAUUCCAGAGCUGAGAAGGCAAUUUGUUCCUUGGGUUUCUCCUGCUAUAUGUUUCUUUAUGGAGAGGAGGGAAGGGAUGCCAGUUUCUGGGGUUGCGAUGGCGUUAGAGGAAGCUGGCGCGAGCUCCCAGUUUCCACAGAGAGCCUCAGCGCCAGCGCCGGAGGAGCCGAGUAUAGAGAGUCCUAGUCACGGUGGUGGAGUCAUUUCAUUGACUGCGACGGCGGCUGGGAUGGGGCCGGCGGCUCAGCCGCAGCCGCAGCCGCAGCAGCCUGUGCUGGCUGGGCCAUCUUCUUCUGAGGUGGCGAUCGCGUCCGGGUCUCUUAGCGCAGCGAUGCCGGUGAAAAAGAAGGUCGGGAGGCCGAGAAAGUACGCACCUGAUGGGAGCGGAAAAGUGAUAAAGCGGGGUAGAGUGCGGAAAAGUGGUUUCCUAACUAAGGACAAACAAAGGAUUGACUUGGAAGCAUUAGGGGAUAUGGUAGCAUAUUCUGCUGGCGUGGGCUUCACCCCUCAUGUAAUCACUGUAGCAUCUGGCGAGGAUGUUACCAUGAAGAUAAUUUCUUUUUCACAACAAGGGCCACUGGCUGUUUGUAUUUUGUCAGCUAAUGGCGUGGUUUCAAAUGUUACUCUUCGUCAACCUGAUUCUUCUGGCGGCACACUGACUUAUGAGGGCUGGUUUGAGAUACUUUCGUUGUCUGGUUCAUUUAUGCCAAAUGAUAAUGGAGGAACAAUAAGCCGAUCUGGUGGUAUUAGUGUCUCAUUAGCAAGCCCUGAUGGUCGUGUUUUAGGGGGAGCAGUCGCUGGGCUUUUGAUCGCUGCUAGUCCCGUGAAGGUGGUGCUUGGCAGCUUUUUUCAGCAGAAGACAAAGAAACCGAAACAGGAUUCAUCCGUUGCUACAGAAACUGUUGCAAUUCCAAUGUCCACCAUGGAUAUAGAUGAGACUCACAGUGGUGGGCAAGGGCAACUCAGUUCUUCAGCACCAAAUCCUAUCGUAGGAACUUCUUCCUUUAGAGGAGAAGAAAACUUGUCUUCUACUCUAGAUGCUUCAGUACAUGAUGCAAGGAAUUCCACAACGGAUAUUAACACCUCUCUUCCUGGAGGGUAAAACUCUAAGAGACAAGUGAAGUUCUUAUAGAGCAUAAAUUUUGAGCCUCUUGGUAAAAGCUUACGAAAAUCUGAUUGAUUUGGUCCUGUAACUCAUCUUUGUGCAAUUCGUAUUUCAAAUUUGAUGGACCAACUUGAUAUAAUCCAUGACAAUAUUGCUUGCCCAUUUGUUCUAAAAUUGAAUAGGUUUUGAUGGAAUUUGUAUUUGCAGCCAAUGUGAUACAAAUAAAAGAAUAGGUCAAACUCAGAUGAUUGGUGUCCUUUGUCUAGCAUUUGCUUGUUAUCAUAACUAAAUAAAAGAAUGUGCUUGAAAGUUGAAAGCAA